GAAGAACCGCAACUCGGAUCGGUGCGACCUUCACCAGUGCGGCCUCCUGCCGGCGUCCAAAGAUGGCGCCAGCUGAGGGAGGAUCUGGAGAACCGAGCUUCAGAGGAACAGGAGGAAGGAGACGCAGGAGACGUGGGAGAGACAGAAGAGGCAGAGGUAUCUGCUGCAGAGGCACAGACAGGAAGGGAAGAUGAUGGCGUUUCGGAUCAUGUGGAACAGGACGCGGAGGCCGCAGCAGAGGCAGAGGCAGCUGCUCAAAGACAGGCACUGGCAGAAGCGGGAGAAGACGAGCCGGCAGAGGAGACGCAAGACGAAGAAGGAGAAGAAGAGGAACCAGAGGCAGGGCCAGAGCAAGAGGAGGGGAUCUCGGCUCCGGGCGAUGGCCGUGAUGACCCCGGAGAUUCGGAUGAUCCGGACACGGAGGACCCGGAGAGGGACAUUGGCACCGCAGCGGAGCCGGUAUUGGAUAUGGAAACAGGUGAUGAAGCUUCUUUGGCAGCUGAAAGAGAAGAGGCAACUUCCGCUCCCGAUGCAGAAGAUCCUGACGGCACCGAAGACUCGGAACCGGCUGAUGGAACGGGAGGAGCCGUCGGCGAAGGCCCGGACCCGGAUGAACCUGAUGCACCACCUUCACCAGACGAUGACGCAGAUGAUGAUCCCGUGCCGCAAGGUGACAUGCCUCUGCAGGACGAGAGAGAUGACAAGGAUGGAGACGGUACAAGCCCUGAGCCUUCAGAUGGUGCAGCUGAUGCCACAGCCCGGGGAGAAGAUGAGGCUGAAGACGGCGGCACCGUGGAAGACACUCAGGAUGCGGAUGGUUCAAGCCCGAUUGCAGAUGGUGGGAAUGAUGCAGAUACAGGUGGUGAAGACGGCGAACCAGCAGCAGGUACUGGAGAUGAGUUUGAGCCACCAGAUGAUGAAGGAACCUUCUCCUAUGAUGAGAACAAUCUUGACAGGCUUGCAAGCCAGAGCCAAGCUCUGGCAAAAGUUCUGUCCUCUCCAAUGCCGGAUGACCCAAUCUCGGCAUGCUCGCCAUCCAAGAUAAAUUCCUUGUAUGACGUGGCGAGGAGGGAGGCUCCAGACAUCUUCAACGCUUGCACCAACCUGGUGGUUGUCCGCAUUUGCUGCCUCCUGCCGACGCUUGUGAUCUUUGCUCUGGGGUCGGUGUGGGGGUAUGAGCUUUAUGGCAAGCUAUCUCAAGGGUAUCUGGUGCCUUUCAUCCCUGCAGAGUCGACACAGGUUCAGAUGACCUAUAUGUCGGAGCCUCUCAUGGUCCAGUCCGAUCCGCAGGGGCCAUGA